CUGCUGAGUGGAUACAGCGGUAAACUGUUUUGGAAUAGUUACGACCAGUCUAACUUUCAUGUGAACGUUUUUUAAUAUAUUUAUUUAGUUAUUUAUUUUAAAAUGGCGACAAGGAGCGCUGUGGCAAUAGCAGAGCUUGGCUUUCGCUUUCGAUGUGAGGGCGAAGAAGAGACAACCCGGAAGUUUACAUCAACAACGUGGGUUUAGGUUUAUGCUGGAAAUCAUCAGGCACUAACAUUAUUUAAACUAUUGUAAGUAAAUUAUUUAAAUAGUGUGAUCGCCAAUAUUUUUAAAACUUAGGUUUGUUCCCGAGGUUGUUUACACAAUCCCAAUGAAGGAAGUAAAGCAGCAGCGUUCCUCCCUCUUUCUAGAGGUCUGUUGCCAAAAAGAAGAACCCCGUCUUCCUCUGCACUCUUCUAUCGCCUUCUUCCUUCUGUCCUACUGUGACUGUGACUAUUUCAAAGUCCACCUGGUCUCCAACAAGCCUGACAGCUCAGAGACUCUUAAAAGUCAGCUGCCAGAGUGCGUGGACGUGCGGGACAUUCGGCCGGAGGAUCUUCCCCAGUUGGUGAGGGGCUGCCGUCUCCCUGCUGUGUUGGACGAGACCGGAAGGCUGUGCAGGGCUGGUCUGGCCGUUGUCUUGAGGCAUAUCAUCAACAAGACCAUCGAGGCAGAUCCCUCCAGGAAUGAUGUGCUAGCACUACUGGGCUUCAAGAAGACUUGUCUCAAGGCUUGUGCUGAGGUGAGCAAAUGGACAAGGUUGUGUGAAAUUGGCAUUCCGUCAGCUGUUGAAGACCACAUCCGAAACCCCCCUAUCCAACUCCAUACUCCACCCAUCUCCAUCCUCACACUGGAGCAAAGGCUGGCCGAGCCCGUCAAGGUCCACAACGACGAUAAAAUACGCAGACAAAAGCUCCAGGAGCAGAGGCGAAACACAAAGAAUGACGACGACCCCACCAAUGGGAAACGCACGGAUUCUGACCCCCAGUCCAGUACGCCACCUGAAGGACUUGAGCUCAGGGCAGCUCUGGCUAAGCUGUCUGUAGCUGCAGGUCCUUCUGUGCCCACCAGAGAGUGCUCUGAGAUUCGGAAAGUGAAGACCAACGACCUGCCUGAGCUGGAGCAUGUCUUUGCAGAGGGGCUGUACUUCACUCUGACUGAUGUGGUCCUGCUGCCAUGUAUCCAUCAGUACCUGACUUCCCUCCCAGGCUCUGCUUCCAUCACUCUGCACCACCUCCCCCACCUGCUGCGCUGGUACAGUCGUGUUCAGGAGGUACCCGGGCUGUUGCGGGCCGCAAAAGCCUGCGGGAUAACGCUGGUCACCACCGAGGCUCUGUUAUCCUGCCCCGCGGGCUCUCCACCAUCAGUUGAGGGCAGCCCUCUGAGUCAACUGGAGCCUGAAGAAGACACGAGCACAGGGAUACCUUUUGUUGGCGGCCCCCGACCCACCAUGUCCAAACUUAAAGAAAGUGGCAUAGUGGCGCUCUUCGCUCCUCAUCCUCAUCCUGAGUGGACACUCCCGUGGGACAGCUUACCAGACGCCAUCAGCCCCACUGAAGGGAAGAUGUCAAAUAUCCGCACAAUCAGGAAGAAGCAACAGCUGAAUAACUUGGUUGCCAUGGUGACGCAGCUCGCCAAACCAGGACACACGGUCGUGGAUUUUUGCAGUGGAACGGGACACGUGGGCAUCGUUCUGGCUCACGCUCUUCCACAUUGUCAGGUUCUCCUCAUAGAAAACAAGGAAGAAUCUCUGAUGAGGGCACAGAGUCGCAGCACUGAGCUCGGACUGGAAAACAUUGGCUUCAUUCAGGCCAACCUGGAUUACUUCACUGGACCUUUUCACAUUGGAGUCGCACUCCACGCUUGCGGCGUAGCGACAGACAUGGUGAUGGAGCACUGCAUCCAGGCAGGCGCCGCCUUCGUCAUCAGCCCUUGUUGCUAUGGCUUCAUCCCUAAUGCAACCAAGUUCACCUUCCCGAGGAGCAAAAGGUUCCAAGAGACUCUGAUUUAUAAGGAACACAUGAUCUUGUGCCGCUUUGCCGACCAAACGGCUCCCCAGCUUCCUCCUGAGAGGCGACUGAUAGGGAAGCAGUGCAUGGGCCUUGUGGACUUGGACCGUUCGUGGGCGGCGGAGUCACAUGGUUAUCGGGUGCAGGUGAUGACCAUGGAGCCGGACACGUGCUCGCCCAAGAACAACAUGCUGAUUGGCAAGCCCCAUGCGCAAGAUGGCGCUCACUAACAGGACGCGGCCAAGCUUCCUGUAGGUGUGUCACAGGGUUACUUUCAUUUUCAAUUUUUGAUAUCAGCAUUUUUAUGUUGUUUUUCAAUGUUUAUAUCUGUAAUUGUAUUAUGCUAAAAGCCAGCUCUCAGGUGUUACUGGCUGCAAAAUUGAAGGGAUGGGUCGGGUCUCAUUAGCCACCAUGUUUAAUUUGUGUAGGGAUGCGCCGAUCAGGGUUUCAUGCUGCUGAUUCCGAUACCAUGGCUUAAAUAUGCAUUUUUCCAUUUACCGGUAAGUGCUAUUGGCCAUAUGAUAUGAAAGAAAGAACCCUAAAAUCACCUUAAUUUAGACAAAAACAUAUUUGACUCACUUUUUCAAGAGAACAUAUAUCACAUGUGAAACUUGCAUAGGAUGAGAUGGAGUCUUUAAAGAGACUUUGGAUGUGAGAGUACAUUGGUAGAGCUCUAGCAGGACUUCCACAUGAGUGAGACAGCACUUGGCGAACACGGUGUCUUCCACCGCUGAGAAAGGCUGGUCAACUUGUCCGAGUUCAAUUAUUUUUCAGGUUAGACUGAUGAUCACACCGUGAGCCUCGGAAACUCGCCAUACUCCGUCAAGUGGUCUUCAUAUGCCGUAUUAAAGCUUUUUAAUGUGCUACCCCCGAAAGAUACUUUUCGUGGCAUGUUUUGGUAGUUACGUUUCAUACAGCAGACAUGAUGUUUUUAUUUAGGCAAGCCUGCACUAUGAAGGAAAGUGGGAGGAGCACGAUGCCCAAGAUGUUAGUUAGGGCAAGACACUAUACUGCACGCAUGGAUCACUGCGGGCUGCAAUAGAGUACUAGACACAGGUGAUCGGCUUUUGUGAUCGCCAUUGAAAGGCAUUUAUCGGCAUAUGCCGAUCACACGAUUUUUCAGGAAAAUUGUCCGAUACUAAUCGGUGGCCGAUCGAUUGGAGCAUCCCUAGUAAAUAGUGUUUCUCACCUCCUUUAAUUUUGAAAUUGUGUGUUUUGAUUAUAGUUAAUUCGACAAGUUGAGAAUUGAAUGAAUCAGAAAAAAGAAAUCUGAAACUAGACCUCAGCUGCUACGCCGUCUUCCGCCAUCUUCUCAUGUGACCUGAGACUUGUUUUGAAAAAUGAAUAACGGUUAUGAACGAAAAGAAGCAAGAAAAUUGCAAAGCUAAAAACAAAAUAAUACAGUUUUAUAUACAUCGUUAUCUGGAUUUGCACCAAAAUAGAUUUAGUUUAAAUUUGAAAUGUGUAUUUUUUGUGUAAUCCUGCCACCAAACCGUGCACCAAAUAAAACCAUGUGUCUUGCUUUUGAUAAUAAAAAUAUAAUUUGCGCUAUGUGUGACACAUUGGACGUCCAGUUGUGCUUUCUUGUGUUUCCAUCAUUAGUUCCAGUUUGUUACUCUUAUUUCAUAUUUCUGUUUCCUGUGUUGGCCCCAUAUGCUGCAACUGUACUUUACAGUGCAAUUUUACAAUUUUAGCGCACUUUUGGUUGCUCUUUUUCAUCCCGCUUUAUUUCCUGUGAGCAUUUUCCUCGCUCCUGUAGUGUUUUCUACAUUCCAUGGUGAGCCUACGGAGCCCUUCGGUGCUCCCUAAGCGAGCCUUAGUUGUUUGUUUAGAAUUGUUGUAUUUUUGUUAGUUGUGCAGUUAUUUUUUACCUUCUUUUUUGCAAAUAAAGGACUCUAAUGACUGCAACUACGAGCAUGUCUUUGCAUCCUGAGGUGACGGUGAAACAAAUAGUACCUACUGUAAUUGUGACAGUAAGCAAAACUGUGACAAUAAUGACCUUUAACCCCAGCUAUCUCGAGCAGCUUUAUCUGGAUUCUGUUCAAAAUGUGGAAAUUCAGGUUUUAAAAAAACUAAAACAUCUUGAUUUUCAUAGAGUAAUUCUAGUCUGUGCUGUCUAAAUUAGGGCCGUUACAGUGCAAUUGUUCUGUUUAUCUUCCUCUGUCUGCUCUAUAGCUAUAGUCUGUUGUCUUCCAAAUGUUUUUUUUUUUAAACACACACUUCUCUCCCCUGGAGGCUUCAUUAUAAAGCAUGAGUUCACCCAAAUACCAAAAUACACCUAAUAUUUCCUCACUUUGCCCUGUGAGAGUUGACAUCAAGUGUUGCUCCAAAACAACCAAUACGUAACGCCUGGGGAAACAUGGCAGUGAUUUGGAUUUUUUUUUUCCUAUUCUUCACUGUGAGACAAAGCCAAUUUCACUCAGUGUAAUGAAGUCAAUUUUGACCCUGGAUUUGCAGGUCAGAUAAAUGAAAGUUUGGCGAUGACGUCUGAAUUUUUUUCUCUUGCGUGUCGUUGAUUUAUUAGGCAGACGUGUCAUGUUUCAAAUGACUGUCAGCCAGCAGGAGAAGCAUUAUACUGAAGAUCUGUCACGGGCAGUCAUUGCCUUCAUUUAUUUCCUCACACUAAUGGUGCUAAUGGCUGAAGGUAACCUGGACUCGUGCUGACAAAAGACUGUUAGGGCAUUCCUAGAUAUGUUAUUUCAGCGAUUUGACCAUGUAUAACAAAAACGUCACUAAGUAGAGCAGACCUCUAACGAGUGGAUU